GAACAGCCUUCCAGAAUGAAUUUGAGAACCGAGGUUCCACUGCACUCGGCAUAACUUGAGAGCUAUCAUUAUUAACUACCCGGGGGAACUUCAACUGGAUUUGGAGCCUGGUCAUCCAACUGGAAAGGCCUACUUAGGCGUGUCUUGUGAAUGUGAUUUGCAUAACAGUUAAAGCCCUGCUGACGUCAAGGACUCCUUGAAGCUCCAGGUCAGAUCUAGUCCCGGAAGUAGUUCCUGCCACACAACCGUCCCACAAUUGCCCCACCAACCUUGCUUCCUACCCAACUCCCAAAGCACCAGGAAGUGAAACAGAGCAGCAGAACCCAUGCCUCCAGCUCAACCCUUGCCCUUGUCAUCUCCUCCCCCGGAGUUCCACUUCCUCCUCCUCCUUUUCACCUUUCAUCUCCUAUCUUGUAGCGCUCUCAGGAUGGGAAUCAGAGGUGGAAACAUCAUAGGACAACUUAUAUUAAAGUGAGGUGAGUUCCACUGCCAUCACCAAUUUCCUUAUUCUGGGAAUAUCCACUGUAUGUGGGGAGCAGCAAACCAUUUCUCACUCAAACUGAGAUAACAUCUCUGAUGCUGAAAAUGUUUUAUCCAAAGGAUGGAUUUACCAGAGAGUCAUAUUUGAAUCAGAAGUUUCACUGGGCAGUUUUGACUAAUUCUAAGGGAGACCUCUGUCCAGGGUAAGUUUCUCAGAGAAAAAGGAUCAACCUCUGGGGGUGGCUUUGGGAGCCAUCAGUGUGGUCACCCAUGGCCUCAUUCUGACGUCCAAAUUGUCCUGGGACCCUCCACUUAGGGUGGGGGCAGCCCCACAUUUGGACCACCCUCCGCUCCCACGCCUAACCUCACACUCUUAGCUGUUUCACUGAUGUUGCAUCAGGGAGGGUGAUGAAAUCGGUGUCAGCGGAUUUUACCCAUGGAUGCAACAGGCUGAAGGACUGGCCAGGGUCACUGAACUAUGCACCUUCAGCUAUCCAGAACUCCUAGACUUCUUAGCCAUGGUGGAGGGGCUGGAAUAUCUAAGCUGGACUUCUAGCCCUUGCUUACACUGGUGUCUCAAAAGAACCAUCACUUGCAUCCCACAGGGCCCAUGACCCUUUGGGCCACUAAGGUUGAAGAAUCAGAUGGUUCUUAGCAACAGUUCCCUCCCUCCAACAGUCCUCCUACCCUCCACAGUGAGGCCUGAAGUGCGGGAGCCGUAACACUUUAUAUAGCAGUAUGUGGCUGCCCAGUUCUCAAAGUGCCUUCAUGUCCAUUCUCUCCCAGUGAGAACGACACUGUUACCAAUGAAGAAAAAGAAGCCCUCUUAUCUUCAGAGGGUAUCUGGUGGGAACUAAACUUCAUUGCCAUUUUAUUGGGAAAUAAGUGAAUGCUUAUGUUUUGAUUUUUCCUUAGGCAAGGGGAGGUAAGGACAUUAGGUGGGGGGGGGGGUAGUUUUGAGAGGCAGAAAGAUGAGGAAAAGGUUAAACAGGAAGGAAUUUGAGACUAGAUUCAUUUAAAUAUUCAUUACUCCACCCCACCCCUUCUGGAGCCAUUUCAAUUCCUGGAGAGCAUUACACAUAUGUCCUAUCCCAGGCCUCCAGCCACAGCAACCGCACGAGUCAUUUCCCCUGGAGCUGAGGCUGCUUACCUGGGCUCCCCACAGCGGGGAUGAUGCAGGGAGGGGAAUCCCACCUGCUGUGAGUCACCUGCUAGUAUAAAGGGCGGGUGUUACAAUGCAGGGACCUUAAAAAGGGACUCAGACAAGGAGAGAAAAAUAAGGGAAGCAGCAGAGAACCUCAGCGAACAAAGGAAGCCAAACCAGAGACGCACAGAACAGAGAGAAUCAGGCUCUGAACAGGGGGAAGUGGGCAGAGAUUCCACAAGGACUGGUGCAAGGCACAGAGCCGCCAGAUUUGAGAAGCACCAGGAUGCUGGGGAGCAGAGCUGUGAUGCUGCUGCUGCUGCUGCUGACGACAUGCUGGACCACUCAGGGCUGGGCCGUGCCUAAAGGCAGCAGCCCUGCCUGGGCUCGGUGCCAGCAGCUCUCACAGAGACUCUGCACACUGGCCUGGAGUGCGCACCCGCCAACGGAACAUGUGGAUCUACCAAGAGAAGCAGGAGAAGAGGAAGAUGAGACGACAAAUGAUGUUCCCCACAUCCAGUGUGAGGACGGCUGUGACCCCCAAGGACUCCGGGACAACAGCCAGUCUUGCUUGCAAAGGAUCCACCAGGGCCUGGUUUUCUACGAGAAGCUGCUGGGCUCAGACAUUUUCACAGGGGAGCCUUCCCUGCUCCCCGAUGGCCCUGUGAGCCAGCUUCACGCCUCUCUGCUGGGUCUCAGGCAACUCUUGCAGACUGAGGGGCACCAUUGGGCGACUGAGCAGACUCCAAGCCUCAGUCCCAGCCAACCAUGGCAGCGGCUCCUUCUCCGCCCUAAGAUCCUUCGCAGCCUCCAGGCCUUUGUGGCUGUGGCUGCCCGGGUCUUUGCCCAUGGAGCAGCAACCCUGAGCCCCUAAAGCCAACAGCUUAAGGAUGGCCUCCAGAUCUUCAUGGCUAAGAUGAACCUAUUGGCUGAGGCACCUGUGAGCCAACAAGUGACUCAGUCAUUAAUUCUAAUGGGACCUGCAUUGAAAAAUUACCAAUACUGGCGGAUUUAUGAUGCUGACCCAGGACAUGUUAAGUAUUUAUUAGAGGGGAAGGGAAAAUUUGGGAUUAUUUAUUCUAUUGGCAGCAGUUUGAGGGGGAGGAUUAUUUAUUAUAUUUAUACUGACUUAUUUACUUUUUUCAAUAAACUUAUUUAUAUGGAUA